AUGCCUUUAUUUAAAAAGCACAAGGGUUCUCAACUCUUAGAGGAAGAAGACAUUGGAGAAUUGGAUGAUGUGGUUCUUUCCUCAUCGUCGUCGUCGUCGGGUUCAGAGAAAGGAUUACACUCAUUGACAUCAACAACAAAAACAAUACAUGAAGAGGAUGAUGAAGAAGAGCGACCCGUAAUAAUGAAUACAACCAGUGGAACAACCAAAAUCUCAUCACCAACAAUAACAACACCCAACCGCAACCAUGUCAAGAAUGACGAUGAUGAAUAUGAGGAACCACAUUCAGAAAAAACUCCUGCUUUUAAAGACGAUCGUUCUAAAUUGAGAGUCCGAUUUGAAAAUAUCAACAAGGAAGAGGAAGCACAAGAUUUAGAGACACCACCCCAACACCGAAAGCAAAUCCUCGUUUCUAAACACCAUCACGAUGCUUCUCCAACAGCAUCAGCAUCCACCAGCCAUCCAUUACCUCCUCCUCAUUUGGCGUCUCCGAGAGGCUCAGACGAUGAAGAAGAGGAAGAUGAUUCAAAGAGAAAAAACGAUGUCAAGAUUUCACUCAAUCACGAGCACGAUGAUAUGCAAAAUGUAGGAUUAGAUGACGACGUGGAAAUUGAAAUUACAGGAACAACCAAAUUACCCUCCUCAAAGAGUGAAAAGAAAUCACACCAACCAUUAUUACGUAGGAAUGAAUAUGAAGAAUCACUCCUGUAUUCGGAUAGCCAUGUCGACGAUCCGUAUGCCGACUAUUUGAAACCUCAAGUGAUGGAAGAUGAAACAACGAACUCUAAAAGUUUACUUCUGAAACUCCUCUCUCAAUUCCCCAGAGUCAAUUCAUCUCAGUUGAUGUGGCUUGUGAGGAUGGCCUUUCAAGAAUUUUGGCUUGCCACUGUUGGAACGAUCUUUCUCUUGAUUAGCACUGGGCUCGGGCUUGCAUUACCAAUUUAUGCAGGAAAGAUUAUUGACCAAAUUCCAUCACAAACUCAAGGAAAAACAUUCUUAAAUGAAAUGGCACUCGUUCUGUUUGGAAUUGUAGCAGCUAUUGGAGCAACUACUGCGGUUCGAAACUUUUGCUUUACAUUUGCUGGAGAACGUGCUGUAGCUCGUCUCAGAAAAAAUUUAUUCACUUCAAUUGUUGUGCAAGAGGUUGGAUUUUUUGACGUGACAAAAACUGGAGAAUUAAUUAAUAGAUUGAGCUCAGACACCAAAACUUUGGAAAAUGCCAUCACCGUUAACUUUUCCAUGUUUCUACGAUAUGUAAUCCAAAUGAUUGGAGGAAUCGUAUUUUUAUUUUUCAUUUCGUGGAAAUUAACACUUGUCAUGCUCGCAGUUGUUCCAAUCCUUGUGGUUGUGGCUUUAAUUUAUUCUAAAUAUAUUAAGAAUGUGUCGAAACAAAUGCAAGAUGCGUUGGCAAACUCGACCGAUGUCGCAGAGGAAACUUUUUCUAAUUUAAGAACUGUACGCAGUUUCACCAUGGAAGAAAAACAUGUGAAUUUGUAUGGAGCAGCCAUUGACCUCACAUUAACCAUUGCAAGAAAAUUGUCUAUAAUCAAUGGUUUAUUCACUGGUGGUAUGAUGUUCUGUGGUAAUGCUGCAAUUAUUCUUGUCUUGUGGUAUGGAGGUUCCUUAGUAUUGGACGAAGAAAUCUCAGUUGGAUCUCUCACUUCCUUUAUUGUUUACACACUGUUGGUGGCAGCCAGCUUUGGCGUUUUGAGUAGUUUAUUUUUCGAUCUUGUAAAAGCUCUGGGAGCCACUGUUCGAGUUCAUGAGCUAUUGCAACGAAUUCCCGAAAUUGAAAGAAGAAAUCCAUCCGUCAAGGAGAGUCACACUCGAGAAUUACCCUCACUCAAUGGCCACAUUGUUUUCCAUGAUGUUGGUUUUGCAUAUCCAUCAAGAAAAGAAACUCAAGUUCUCAAUCGAUUGAAUCUCGAAUUGUCUCCAUCAACUGUGGUAGCACUUGUAGGUAAAUCAGGUCAAGGUAAGACAACCAUCGCAUCACUGUUGCAGAGAUUUUAUGAUCCCACAGAGGGACAAAUUACACUCGAUGGUGUUCCUCUCACUCAGAUUGACCCUGUUUGGUUGAGGAAGAAUAUUGGUGUGGUGAGUCAGGAACCAGCUCUCUUCUCCACAAGCAUUCGUGAAAAUAUUUGUUAUGGAUGGCCAGAUCGAGAGAAUCCACCCACGGAAAAACAAAUCAUGGAUGCUGCAAAGAAGGCCAAUGUACAUGAAUUUGUUUCAACCUUUGAGGAUGGAUAUGAUACUUUGGUAGGCGCUACGACCUUAUCAAGUGGUCAAAAACAACGAAUCGCCAUUGCAAGAGCCAUCUUAAAGGACCCAAAGAUUCUCAUUUUAGAUGAACAUUCUUCCUCACUUGAUGCGAAUACUGAGCAUGAGGUGCAAGAAGCUCUAAAUCGUCUCAUGGAAGGCCGAACAGUCCUGAUUAUUGCUCACCGAUUAUCUACUGUAAAGAAUGCUGACAUUGUUUGUGUCAUUGAGAAUGGAAAUGUAGUGGAAGAGGGUUCACAUGAACAAUUAAUUUUACGCGAGAAUGGCAAAUAUAAGGCUCUUGUUGAACGACAAUUGAUAGGUUUCGAUGAGCUGUAA